AUGGGAAUAAAUGCGGCUUUGCAGCAAAUGAACCAUCCAGACAAAAUUGCUUUCGCUGUAUCGUGCCAGUCCGUUAAUGGUCAAAAACGUAAUCCUACAGACAGAUCGAUAAUCAACCUUUUAGAAUCAACACAGAACUCUACCAGUAGCAGAAAAUUGUGUUAUUCCAGUAGGCCUGGUCUGGCAUUCGCUGGAUCGCAUGUGGUAAUUAAAUUGUUGUAUCAGUUGAAGAACGUUUGUGUGAGAAAUGAUCCUGAAAUUGAUUCUACGGAAUUGGACACCUCAGCACGUUGGCUUGAGUACGCACAUAACGGUAUUAAACAAGAGCAGUGCCGAACCACUGCUAACCGAGAUGUUGCUAACGCAUUCACGUGCGUAAUCUCCCAACUCGCGCCCCAGACCAAAUAUGCUCUAGCCUCCAGAUGGAGGUACCGCAUCAAAAGCAUCGUAACAAUGGAACCUGAUCAAAAGAGAAUACGGGGACAACGAAAUAACGCUCAUCGGAUUCAUUUUACUGAAGGAAAGUGGAUGCACCAGCGCUCUGCCGAGGGAUAUCUGGUAAUAUCCCCGGAUUCCUAUCCUUCUGACUUG